AUGUAAGAAGAAAAUCCAAAUUUCGGUGAUGUCUAAGAUGAUGAAGAUGCUUCAUUCAAUAAUAGUAGAAUUCGUGAUGAAGUUAAUGAAGAGUUUCGAAAAGUCUCUGAAAAUAAAUUAUAAGUAACAAAAGUGAAUGAAGAAAAUAAUAUUUGUACAAUAAAAUUAUCAAGGACUAAAAGUGCUGAAAAAUAAUAGGAUUAUAUGAUUCUAUUAUUAUCAUUACAAGAAAAAGAAUUAUAUAUAAAAUAAGUGAAUUUUAAAGUUGAUAGCUGGAAAGUCUAUGCAGAAAGUGAGAAAUUAACAUAAUUAGUUAAACAAAGUUAACAUAAUACUUUAUUGGAAUUAAUAAAAAGCAUUGUACCAGAGGUCUGCAAUAUUAUAUUAUCUUUUGAUAUACCUAAAAAUAGCGGAAAGAAAUCAGAUAAAUAGGAAUUUGGUAGAGCACAUAUUCAUUCUCAACCUAUUCCUUAUUCAGGAUUUUCUUUAUGUUGUUGGUCUCCUUAAGGUCAUCUCAUAACAGUUCAUAAUACUGCUACUAAUCAUUAAAAAUAAGCUAAAGAUUAAAAGUCUUAGUAUAUUACUUAAUAAGAAUUAAAUUCAUUUGUAUUUUCGCAACCUAAAACAAAACAAUCGAAUUAACAACAAAGACAUGUUGUAGAAAUCAGAGAAGAUGAAGAAAAUCUAUAACCUUUCUUUUAAACUGGUAUAUAAUUGAUUUCAGAAAAAGAAGACGAUGUCUACGAUUAUUUAAAUUUCUAAUUCUACUAUCAUUAUUUUCCUCAAUUUCAUUAAUAGGAAGUACCUAAAGAACAAAAAGUAGAAAAAUUAGCAUUUUAUAAAGAUUACGAAAUUUAUGAUUUAAAUAAUAAUCUUGAUGUCCUUAUUUUAGGAGAACAAUUUAAAAAUUUAUCUAAAAAGGUUUAUGAAUAAUAAGAUAAAAAAACAGUAAUCAAUUAAAAUGUUGAAAUUAGUGUAAACAUUAUUCAUUUAAUUUAGAUAUAUGAUUUUGGUAGUUAUUCUUUCCAUGUUGAUAAUAUAUCACAAUUGCAUGAAUAUUUUAUUAGUCAUAUGAAAAAGAAAAAUAAUAAUGCUAAUAUUAAUAAUCCAUUAAAAAUCUUAUAUCAACCAUUAGAAGAAUAUUUCAAAUUAUAUGAUUCAAGCAUUUCCAGUUUUAUUCUAACUAGUGGUGUAACAUGUAAUUAAAUAAUUAAUUUAAUUUAGUGGAUCUGUAAGAAUAUAAUAUGAAAAUUUUAAAAAUAUUAUCUGAUUGUAUUUAUCAACAAUAAUAAAAGAAAGUUUUAUCUCAAGAAAUGAAUCUAAUCAAAGACUUUUAAGAAUAUUUCAAAAAAUUAUGGAAUUCCUAAUAUCAGAUUUAUAAAUUGUAUGAUCAGAUAGCUUAUUCAAUAAAAAAAAGUAAUUUAAGAAAUACAAAAAAAUUAUUAGAGUGUGUUUAUUAAUUGAAAUUGGAAUCAAAUAUUGAAAUGAACGAUUAAAUAAAAGAUCUUAUAAAAGAUGAAAUCAAUAAAUACAAUAAUAAUUAAUCAAAUCCAAAAUUAUUUGUUCAAGGAACAUAAAGUGUUUCAACAUAUGAUAAUUUUUAGAAGAUAUUAAACGAAUAACGUAUUUAUAUAAUAUGGAAUGAACUCAAUAAUUUUCCGCUAAUAGUAAGUGAUAAGGUAGAGUUUAGCAAAUUGAAUGUUCUUAAGACAGCAUUAAGAGCUUAGAGUCCUAUAAACUUUUGCAUUUAUAAGAAAUUAAAAUCAUCUAGUUAUUAGGUUGCUAAUUUUCGAGAUAAGCUAAAUAAUGAAAUUUAUAAUUAGGGACCCUUAUAAUUAGGAAAUGUUAAGUAAAAUUAAAAUAAGGCAAUUUGUUCUAUCUGUCAAUAAGUUAUUACAAGUCAUGGAUUAUUUUGUAGUUCAUGUUAACAUGGUGGCCACUAUGAACAUAUGUUAUAAUGGAAAUAGACAUGUCCAGUUUGUGAUUGUGAUUGUAGAAAAUGAUAAU